UGCCUGCCAUCUACGGACCUCGUUUCCUUGCCACCCUGCCCGUCCCCUCGCCGAUCCAUCACCUCCCACCACAUCUGACCAGCCAACUCCGGGGACGCACACGCACCGUCUUGGCUUGGCACUUGGCAGUAUAUAUAGGAGCUAGCUAGCGGACGACGCGCGCGCCCCAUCAAUCGCCAUGGCUGUGGACCUGCAACGCCUGCGCCACAUGUUACUCACCACCGGCGACGGCGCCGGCCACCACCAGCUCGCCUCCGCCGCCGCUGCUAUGCCGGCCAGCGGGCCUUGUUAUGGCGCUGCGGUGCCGAGCCAGAUGGGGCACCAGCCGAACGCGGGCCUCUUCACGCCGCCGCCGCCGCCGGCGGCGGCGGCGGAGCAGUAUUCUGAGUUCUUGGCGAUGGCUGCGGCUGAUCUCGCCAAGAAGGACGUCAGCCUCGACGGUGCCCAGGAAAUGAUCACCAAGAAGCGGAGGCGCGACAAGCAGUCGUUGAUGCUCGGCGCGGCCGACGUUCUCGCGGCCCACGCGCGGCAGCAGACCGUGGACGUCGACGGCAUCCUGCUCAAACAUGCGAAGAAGAUGUGGGCUGCUUUGGCGGAGCAGAGGCAGAGCCACAUGAGGCUCAUCGUGUCGACGGUGGAGGCCAGGGCGGCGAAGCGGCUCAAGGCCAAGGACGAGGAGAUUGAGCGGAUCAGGGGCAUGAACUGGGCGCUCGAGGAGCGCCUUCGGAACCUCUUCAUGGAGGCUCAGUUGUGGCGCGACGUCGCGCAGUCCAACGAGGCCACGGCCAACGUGCUCCGCGGCGACCUGCAGCGCGCGCUCGACGCCCAGGCCGGCGACGGUCAGGAGGACGACGCCGGGUCGUGCUGCUGGGGGGAGAACCAGGCGCCCUUGUGCGCGGAGGAGGAGGGCACGCCGGCGGCAGUGGAGGAGCGUCACGCGACCGGAGCAGGAAGGUGCAAGGGGUGCCGCGAGGGCGCGGCGGUUGUGCUGCUGCUGCCGUGCCGGCACCUCUGCGUUUGCGCGCCGUGCGCGGCCGCGGCGCAGGCGUGCCCGGCGUGCGGAAGCGCCAAAAAUGGCAGCGUCUGCGUCAACUUUUCGUGAUGCGGGAGGAAUAGCUUUAGAGUCGACAUUUUGUUUCCUGGUGAAACUUACUGGACUCGACUUUUGUUUGUAUUCUUUUCUUCGCAUUUUUUGUUGUUCUUGUUGACAUAGAUAUGAGAGGAUGGUUGGAUGACAUAGAUAUGAGAGGAUGAGUUUCACAUUUUAUUUUAUAGUUUAGCUUUGUGCUGAAGCUGUUGGAUCAAUUGUAAGACAAGAAGGCAAACAGUUCGUAGUAUUGCAGAUCAAUGCUUGAAAUUAAA